AUGGCUUUUCUCUCAUCGGCUCCAUAUGUAAUCCUUCCUUCAUUCAAUCAAGAAACAGAUUAUGAAGACGACGACAACAACGUUCAUCGUAACAUUCUCGUUCUCUUCGACGACAAAUACUACAAGUGGAACACUAUCUUCAACUCUCAUGAAGGUGCUUGGUGCGUAGGCUCUUCAAACAAUUUCUUGAUGUUUAUUGACAACAAAGGUUAUCCUUUUCUUCUAAAUCCAUCUUCCAAUACUUUUAUUCAUGUUCCACCUUUUACCUCAUUAAUUCAACAUGCAAAUGUUCCCUCUUAUUCUUAUUAUGUUGAAUCCCUUCGCAAAAGCUUUGUAUCCAAAGCAGUGUUGAUGUCUUCUCCUUCUCCUUCACAAUACACCCUUGCCAUCAUGUAUGAUUGUCCAUGUAGGAUUGCUUUUUGCAAUAACCAUAACGCUUCGUGGGUUGAACUCUAUGAUGCAAAACGAUUUUACUCUGAUAUUGUGUUUCAUAAUAAUAUUCUUUAUGCUUUGGAUGAAGAUGGAUUUAUUGAAGGGUGGGAUUUUUUUCAUCAGAAGGUCCCGAGAAAGAUUUUGGAAGUUAAUUAUCCAACCUUAAUUUUAGAUAAGGAACAAGAGAUAAAAUUUCCAAUUGAUAAGUUUUCAACUAAACUUUAUUUGGUGAUAUCCAAAAGAGAUUUUUUGUUGAUAGAAAGGUUUAUUGGUAAUUUCGUUCAUCCUAACGGUGAGGUAGUUUAUGAAGGAAGCAAUCUAUCAGAUCAAGUUGAAAUUUGUCCUUAUAGAACAAAGCAUUUUAAUGUGUACAAACUUGACUUGGUGAUGAGAAACUGA